GAUGCUGCGCUGAAGCUGGGGGACCUCGGAGACCCGAAUCACCUCAGGGAGGUGCUUCUGACUUCCAACACGCGGCUUGUCCGUGCAGAGUACUUGUGGCAUCUCCUGAAGGCCUGGGCCGUUGAGCGUGUCGUCAUCAGGGGUAGGGAGAACCUCCGGCCCUUGUGUCAGGAAGGGGAGACACUGCCACGGCGGCAAGAAGCCGAAGAUGCUACAUUUCCGACCGGCGAUGGCAGCACGACAUCAGCCCUCGUCUCGAGAGACGAGCUGGAGCAUUGGUGCACAGAGGAAGAUGCCUUCAUAAUGGCUGUGAGCCACUGCUGGGAAACGAAACUACAUCCAGAUCCCACAAACCACCAGUUGCAACUGAUAGCCGACUUUACCUCGCUGCACUGUGCAGCCUACGGCAGGCCAGUGUGGCUGUUCUAUGACUAUGUCUGCCUUUUCCAGUAUCCACGCGACGACGGCCAGGAGAGACACUUCCGUGAAGCUCUCGCCAACAUGCACACAUUCUACGCCCACGAAUGUACCUACACAUUGCGGGUGCAGUCGUUGAGCCCUAUGACAAGGUGGACGCAACAUCUGAGCUCAGGCAAGAAGAUUAUUGUUUAUGAUGAGCAAGGACAGAAGAGUCAAGCAACACUGGGCCAGCUCAACAAGAACGAAGUCCCCUACGAGGAGAGAGGCUGGUGUCAAAGCGAGAUGGAGUGGUCCAGCACCAGGGCUCGCAUUGCUCAAAACCAGAGAAUCGACACCGUGCGUGGAUUGCAAACAGGGGCCAAGUCCCCAACGCCUCCGGAACUCUUCGAGCAGAUGAUGAUCGAGAAGGGGUUGAAAUUUACGAACAAAGAGGAUCUUGACAAAGUGAUAAUGCUGCAACGGAAGGUGUAUCAGCAGAAAGCUCGUGCCCAAGUUGGAUUCUGA